ACCCAUCUGAAAAACAGAAGUGAGAACUUAACAAAGUGUUUGCUGUCAAAGAUUCUCCUUUAAGGUGUCCUGAGAAAAUUCAGAAUGAGGACAGCAAUUAUUCUGACUGUCAUUUUGUCAUCUGUGCUUUUUGAUGAACACCUCAGGGCAGAAGGCAUUGAGGACACAUUUGGGGCUCUGUGUAGUGGAAAUCCAGGCAAUACUAAAAGGGGUUGUGACAGAUAUGGUUGUGGAAACUACGGAGCUAGCCGAAAUGGUUAUCACAACUUAGGUCUUGAUAUUACAUGUGCUGAUGGUGCCACUGUUUAUGCCCCAUUUGAUAUCCGACUUAAUGCCCAUGUCAGGCCUUAUGGUAAUGGAAAUAAAAUAGAUGAUGGAAUUCAGUUCACAGGACAAGGUCUCUGUGUGAAGCUCUUCUAUGUCAAGCCAGAUAAGAUCAAAGGGUGGGUGAAGAAAGGAGAAAGAAUUGGAAUCAUGCUACCCAUGCAGGGGGUCUAUCCUGGAAUUACUUCUCAUGUUCAUGUUGAGAUGUGUGAUCGAUCUGAUCCGACUGAAUAUUUCUAAAUUUAGUCAGACUCACCUUCUUGUCACAAUUGUCUGCUCUCAUUCAUUUUCUCUGCCAUUUAACCAGUAUUCCAAAAUCAUGUAGCAUUAGACUCAUUUGUUGUUUACUAUUACUGAUUCAAGCCAGAUUCUUUGGUUACAGUUUUAAAUCUUUUAUGAGUUUCAAUACUUGUAUGUGAACUGCGUGUAAACUCAACAAAAUACGCAAUAAAGACACACAAUUGUGUUUUUGCUUUGCUAAUAAAGCAAAUCUGAAUUAGGUUGAUACUUCCCGAGCUAUCAUUUUAUUUUCUUUCUUUGCUUUUAAUAAAGCGAGGUUCAUUUCAGCUUAUUCACAUUUAUAUGUUGCUCUUAAGAGAAGAUGCCUUUAAGGGAGAUAUAUAAUCUGCAAACUUUUGCAUAAAUUUUUCACAUGUUAAUUGCUGUGAAAUUAUGCAAAUCAUAGCUCAGAGCCAGUGGUACAGUAUAUUGUUUGACCAAAGACAUCACAACUAUAAACACAUUUUCCAAAUUCAUCCUUGACAGUAUCCGCUCUAUACUGUAUUUAAAUACAAUGUGUUUGUAUAUAUAAGUAUUAGUAUUGAAGUGGAAAUCUAAUGAGUUAAUUGAUUCUUAAAAAUGUAGAGAGCUUUGCAAAAAAAUAUAUUGGUGCUUUUAGAUAAUAUUUCAAGGAUAUAACUGCUAUGCUACAGUACGUGCAGAAUUUUAGAAAACAGUUCGUCAACAAAGUACACUGUUUAGGUUAGUUUAGAAGACAAUGUA